AUGUGGUUAGAAGAAGGACUUGAUCUAAAGAUGAUACUGUUUAGAUGCAUGGCUACGGGUCCAAAUGCAGGUCUGGUAGAAUUGGUUCCAGAUUCAGAAACAUUGCGUAAGAUUCAGGUUGAACGUGGUGUAACAGGCUCCUUUAAAGAAGAUCCAUUGGCUGAAUGGUUACAGAAACAUAAUCCUACAGAAACAGAAUAUCAAAAGGCAGUGGAUAACUUUAUUUACUCUCUAGCGGGUUACUGUGUAGCCACCUAUGUGUUGGGUAUCGGUGACAGACAUAAUGAUAAUAUUAUGAUAAAAACAUCAGGACAUGUCUUCCAUAUUGAUUUUGGAAAGUUUCUUGGGAAUGCUCAAAUGUUUGGAAGCUUCAAAAGGGAUCGAACACCAUUUGUGCUGUCACCCGAUAUGGCAUACGUUAUCAAUGGCGGUGUUAAGCCAAGCAGCAGAUUCCAUGACUUUGUUGAUCUGUGUUGUCAAGCUUUCAACAUUACAAGACGCCAUGCUAACAUCUUUUUCAACUUAUUUGGCUUGAUGUUAAAUUCGGGUAUAUUAGAGUUAUCCCAAGUGGAAGAUAUAAAGUAUGUACAGAAUGCUUUGAAACCAAGUGCUACCGAUGCAGAAGCUACUGUUAUGUUUACAAGAUUGAUUGAGAGCAGUCUGGGUGCCAAAUCUACUCAGAUCAACUUCUUCAUUCAUAACCUAGCACAGUUGAAGUUUCACAGUGCUUCCAAUGAUACAGGUGUGUUAUCGUUUUCAUCAAAAAUCCAUACACUUGCUAACGAUGGUAGGAUCUCGUCGGCCACAGUUUUUGGAUUUCAGAAAAGAUAUAAUCCAGAGAAAUAUUAUAUAUACAUCAUCAAAGUAUCUCGAGAGAAAGAAACUGAACCCGCGUUUGUUUUCCGCAAAUUCAGUGAAUUUCACGAACUGAACGACAAAAUAACGGCUACCUAUCCGAAAAUACGUCUGCCAAUACUCUCGAGUAAACAUAUCCUUGGACGCACACAUAUCCAACAAGUUGCUGAGAAAAGAAAAGGAGAAAUACAAGCUUGGCUUAAUUCGCUUUUUGCCAUGGCGCCAGAAGUUUCCGAGUUGAUCUACAACUUGCCUUUAUGUGAGAUUCGUAGUCGGACCUUACAGAUAACAGUAUGGGACUGUGAUUACCUGAAGGAAAAUGACUUUAUGGGUGCUGCGUAUAUUUCACUAAACUCCAUCAACCUCACACAGGAGACUGUAGAAUGGUAUAAACUUGGUUCGUUCCAUCGUAUGUGA